AUAUAGGCAGGUAGUGUUGUAAGGUGCCGGCGAGGCCGAGGCGUCGUCUGCUCGCUGACAUCAACAUGACGGCAACCUCCAUCCUCAUCCUGGCCUUUAUAUCAAGUUUUCCCCAGGUGUCCCUAGCGAACGAGGUCUUAGGGUGUGGAGGCUAUGUCAGGAGUGAUGUGGAGAUCAAUUAUUCUCAGGUUGGGAUCAAACUAUAUACAAAACAGGGCAACUUGAAGUAUGAAACAGAAUGUGCACCAAACAAUGGCUAUUACUUCAUGCCAUUAUAUGAUAAGGGCCAGUAUAUAAUAAAGGUGUCUCCUCCAUCUGGCUGGAGUUUUGAACCAGAAGAAGUGUCGCUGAAUGUUAAUGGGGAGACUGAUGCAUGCAGCCAGGGACAAGACAUAAACUUUCACUUCAAAGGUUUUGCAGUGAUUGGCAAGGUAGUGAGUAUAGGAAAUAUUGCUGGUCCCAAAGGAGUAACAGUGUCCCUGUACAGAGGAGAAGAGGUUAUUCAAACAACCCAGACCACCACUGAUGGUACAUAUGUGUUUACACCAUUAUCAUCAGGAAAGUACAUGGUGGUGGCCUCGCAUCCUUCAUGGAGCUUCAUCAAUGACAAGGUGACAGUGGUAGUAGCAGAUGAAAAUGGAGAUGCCGGUUCUUCCAUUGUUGUCGGUGGAUACAUUAUAUCGGGUAGUGUUACAACUGAAGGCCAGCCAACACCAGGUGUCUCGUUCAUUCUGCAUGCUGAUGAUGCCACUACAGCUGAACCAGCAUGUAUACCUGGAAUUCCUGAAGGUUACCAGAACACAGUUGGUGUCCCAGUUGUGUGCCAUGUAAUGUCUGGCACUGGUGGCAUGUUUUCCUUUGGCUCGGUGCCACCCGGCACUUAUAUUUUGAUUCCUUACUUCCAUUCGACUACAACAAGAUAUGAGGUGACACCAAGUCAACUGGAGAUAACUGUUAAACAUGAUGACAUGAUUCUUCAACACCCCUUUAAGGUUGAAGGGUUUAGCAUGCGUGGCCGAGUAACCAAAAGUGAAAGGGGGGAGGCUGUGGCAGGAGCUACAGUUGUACUGGAUAAAACACGAACAGCAACCACAGAUGGUGAUGGAGUCUACGCCUUUGACAAUAUUCAGUCGGGAAAGCACAAGAUUAAAGUGACAGCAGAUAAGUAUGAAUUUGAAGAGGCCGUUGUGAUUAUCAACCCACAACACCCAGUUGUGGAUGAUGUGUUCCCAGCCCGGUAUGCCGUUUGCUUCUCUGUAACAGUAGAGAAAACAGCCUCUCAUACUGGUCCAUGGACAAUUAGUAUUCAAAAUGAUUCUGGAGCUCACUCAGAGCUGCUGACCAACAUCAAUGGCCAAGGUUGCACUCACCUAGCGGCAGGUACCUAUACCACAGCUGUUAAGCUCUCUUCAGCGGCUGAUGAGGCAGGCAUGAGAUUUGGGCCUCUUGAGCAUGUAUUCACAGUCGAGUCAGAUCCAAUUGGUGAAUUGACUUUUUCCCAAUUCUUAGGGGAGAUCACUGGAAAGAUAUCCUGCUUGGAGAAGUGCCCUGAUCUAACUGUGAUUCUUAGAUUUGCUCAAGGGGGUUCUGGCACUCCUCGCAGCACAGUUGCUGUUGAUGGAAAGUUUUCCCUAACCGAAGUUGUUCCUGGCUCUUAUCAACUAAGCGUGCAGAAAGAUGAAUGGUGCUGGAAGCUCAAGACAAUACCUGUAAUUGUGAACACACACAAUGUUCAAGUUUCACUUGAACAGGUAGGCUACCAGCUUACCCUAGCAUCAUCUCAUGAAACUACCUUAAGUUAUACCACCAGCACUGGAGCUUCUGGAACUGUUGUUGCUCAGAAAGGCAGCACACUAGUGUGUAUGUCAGCUUCUGGCAUAUAUACUCUCACACCUGUUGGUUGUCACAAGUUUGGAUCAUCACAAAUACAGUGGGACACUUCUUCUCCAAAUUUAGUCACUCUGUCAGCCACUAAACACCAAUUAACUGGUGCUGUGAGAUCUUCAGAAGCAGCACCUUUUACUGUUGCAGUGAAAUCUAGCAGCCAGGUUAGCAUUUUAGGACCUCUGAAUCCAUCUCCAGAAGUUCCGCACCUUUAUGUGUUUGAACACUGGGUUCGUGAAGGUGAAACUGUGACUCUGACUCCUGGUUCUCCUACUAAUUUGUAUCAGUAUGAGCCAGCAUCCCAUACCCUUACUAUGCCAGCAGACUGUGUGCUCAAUAUAGUCACUUUUCAGGCAGAACGUGCACUUUUCAUUCAUGGUUCCGUGACGCCUGGUAUUGGUGGUGUGACCAUAAAUGUAGAAGGCAAUGGAAAUGUCUACACAUACACUACUGAUGCCGCUGGGAAAUACACUGCCGGUCCCUUGGACAACUCUGUAGAGUAUUCUGUUACAGCUGAAAAGAAAGGCUAUGUGAUGAAUGCUUUAAGUGAAAAAGGGAAUUUUGAAGCUUACAAACUGGCAGAAGUUGUUGUGUUAGUUAAAGAUGAUAAUGGAGCUUCUUUACCUGGGGUUUUAGUAUCUAUGUCCGGAGGAAAAAGCUAUCGGCAAAAUAGUCUGACGGAGAAUGAUGGUACCAUUGGCUUUUUCUCCUUGACUCCUGGUGACUACUUUCUCCGUCCCAUGAUGAAGGAGUACACAUUUGACCCACCUUCCAAGAUGGUUACUGUAGAUGAAGGUGCUACUAUUAUGAUGAGCAUCAGUGGGUCACGUGUGGCAUACAGUGUAUAUGGACAAACUGUUUCCUUGAUCGGAGAGCCAGAAUCCAAUGUGGUGGUUGAGGCUGUGGGCAAAAGCCUCGAGUGUGAACAAUACCAAGAGGAGGCUGUGUCUGAUGAACAGGGCAACUUCAGGAUAAGAGGACUACUGCCAAAGUGUCAGUAUGAGCUGAGACUGAAGGCUGGAAGUGGAAUUAAUUUGCAUGUCCAACGAACUUUGCCCGCUACACGCACAGUUCACACUGAUAAUGAGGAUGUUCAAGACUUGAAGCUCAUCGUAUUGCGAACUUUCAAUCAGAUGGACGUUGCCGCCAAAGUGGACACUGACCCUCAGCACCUUUCAUCUUUAGUGGCACACCUAUAUCGCGAAGACCUUCCAGACUCUCCAAUUCACACUGUCAAGCUUGGUCUUCAUCCAUACUUUAUGCUGCCUCCAAUGACUGCCGAUAAACGCACAUAUUACUUACGCUUGGAAUCUAACCUGCCUUCAUCUCAGUAUCAGUAUUCUACCCCAGAAAUCACCUUUGUUGCAGAUUCUGCAUUUAAACACCUGAAUCUUGGCUUCAAGCCAACCUUAAGAGGUGUAGAUGCAGAGAUGAGCCAAGGAACAGUAGUGGGGUUUGCUAUUGCUAUUGUUUUAGUUACUAUAGCUUUUAAUUACGAUAAAAUGGGGCCUAUGGCAGAAAGAUUUUCAGAUAUAAUAACUAAUAUCUCGACACCUAGAACAACACAAAAAUCUUCGUCUGUUUCGUCGGAUAUACCUACUAUUGAAGCAGUAAAGAAGAAGGCAAAGUCAAGAAAAGUGUAGCAGUCAUGUGUAUUGGUAAGUGCACUCAAGUUAGAAUUUAUUUAUAAAUGCCAAUAUCAAUCGGUGAUAAUUAUGUAAAUACAUGCAUCAUGUGUUUGAAGUUAAGAAUGAAUUUAUUCAGAUUUGUUCGUUAUGUGUUAUAAAAUUAAUGCAGUGUUUAAGGUGUGUGGAUAUUAUGUACUCAGAAUUUCAAAUAAUAUACAUAGGGUUACUGGAAGUUUUUGUGUAUGUGAAAAAAUUAAUAAAUAUUUAGUGAUUAAUAAAA